AUGGACUCGCCAGCUAACGCCAACAUACGCUACCGUUUUGUCGGCGAGCUUUACUUUACCAUCGACACAGGGAACGAGUUGCAUCUGCUGCUGCUGAACCACACGAGUGGAGAGAUCCGAUUGAGCCGGAAACUGGACAACAAUCGAGCGCUUGUGGCUCCGAUGAUGAUCACAGUGACAGAUGGAGCCCACAGUGUCUCGGCUCAGUGCAUCCUGCGUGUUCUCAUCAUCACAGAAGACAUGUUGGGCAGCAGCGUCACGGUCCGCCUCCACAACAUGUCCCAGGACCACUUCCUGUCCCCGCUGCUGUCCCACUUCCUGGAGGGCGUGUCUGCGGUGCUGUCGGUGCCCGUGGAGGAUGUCUUCAUCUUCAACAUCCAGCCCGACCACGACACCUCGCCUCAGGGGAAGACCAUCCUGAACGUGUCCUUCUCAGCCGCACUUCCUGGUGGUCGCUUCUUCCCCUCCGAGGCACUGGAAGAGCAGCUGUAUCUGAACAGGCCCCGGCUCACCGCUCUCACACAAAUGGAGGUUCUCCCAUUCGACGAUAACGUGUGUCUGCGUGAGCCCUGUCAGAACUACAUGAAGUGCAUCUCGGUGCUCAAGUUUAACUCGUCUGCACCGUUCAUCUCGUCCAACUCCAUCCUGUUUCGACCCAUCCACCCCAUCGCCGGCCUGCGCUGCCGCUGCCCGCUGGGGUUCACCGGGGACUACUGCGAGACAGAGAUUAACCUGUGCUACUCCAACCCCUGUCAGAACGGAGGAGUGUGUGCGCGCAGGGAGGGCGGCUACACGUGCAUCUGCAGGGAGAACUACACAGGUGAGCGCUGUGAGCUGGACCGCCGUCAGGGCCGCUGUGUGCCGGGGGUCUGCAGAAACGGGGGCACGUGCAGAGAGCUGUCCGGAGGGGGCUUCCGCUGCGAGUGUCCCGCCGGAGGAUACGAACGGCCCUACUGCACCGUCACCGCACGCUCCUUCCCCCCCAAGUCCUUUGUCCUGUACAGAGGCCUGAGACAGAGGUUCCAUCUGUCUCUAUCUCUGUCGUUUGCCACUUUGGAGAACAAAGGGCUCCUCUUUUACAACGGUCGCUUCAAUGAGAAACACGACUUUAUUGCUUUGGAGAUUCAAGACGGACAAGUGGUCUUUAGAUACUCCACUGGUGAGCUGUCGACCCAGGUGAGCCCCUUCGUUCCUGGGGGAGUCAGCGACGGAGACUGGCACACUGUUCACAUCCGAUACUACAACAAGCCUCGCCGCAGUGCCAUCGGGGAGGCCCAGGGUCCCUCCGAUGAGAAAAUGGCCGUGGUGAGUGUGGACGACUGCGACACGUCUCUUUCUCUGAGAUUCGGGGCUCAGCUGGGGAACUACAGCUGCGCGGCGCAAGGAAAGCAGACCAGCAGCAAGAAAUCUCUAGACCUGACUGGACCCUUGUUUCUCGGUGGUGUUCCCAACGUUCCCGACAACUUUCCGUUUGGCUCUCGCGAGUUCAUCGGCUGCAUGAAGGACCUGCACAUCGACAGCAAGCCCCUGGACAUGGCAAACUUCAUCGCUAACAACGGCACAAUCGCUGGCUGCAGUGCAAAGACGUCUUUCUGUAAAUCCAACCCGUGCCAGAAUGGAGGAACCUGCAGAGUGAGCUGGGAGACCUUCUCCUGUGACUGCCCCCUGGGGUUCGGUGGCAAAGACUGCAGUCAUGUUAUGCCCCACCCUCACCGCUUUCUGGGCCACAGCGCCCUCUGGUGGGACCUGAAAAAUGACGUGACCAUCUCCACGCCCUGGUACCUGGGGCUGGUGUUCCGAACGAGGGCCAAGGAGGGGACCCUGCUGCAGGCUCAGGCGGGACAGUACACCAGCCUGCUCUUUCAGGUAUUGAAUGGUCAGCUGGUGUUCUCGGUGACGCGUGGAUCCACUCGUCCGGUGCGGUUACGUCUGGACCAAGUCCUGGUGUCUGAUGGGAAGUGGCACGACCUGCAGCUGGAACUCAGAGACGUGCGCAGCGGUCGAGAGACCAGAUAUGUUGCCACAGUCAGGCUGGACUUCGGACUAUACCAGGGCACGGUGAUAGUUGGGAACGAUAUCCAUGGGCUGAAAGUGAAGCACCUCCAUGUGGGCGGCGUCUUGGGGUCUGGUGAAGUAACCAAUGGAAUCAAAGGGUGUAUCCAGGGUGUCCGAUUGGGAGUGCGCCCGGACCCCCCUCCCCUGCCCAAACCAUCCCGCUCGGUGAAGGUGGAGUCCGGCUGCACGGUGGGCAACGCCUGUGUCUCCUCCCCAUGCCCCUCCCACUCACGCUGCAACGACGUGUGGGAGAAGUUCUCAUGUGACUGCGAUCCAGGUUAUUACGGUAGAGGCUGCACAGACGCUUGUCACUUAAAUCCAUGUGAGAACGAAGCCAAGUGCCACCGCAAGCCCAGCUCCUCCCACGGCUACAGCUGCGACUGCGGAGACAACCACUACGGACAGUACUGCCAACACCGGAUUGAGCAGCAGUGUCCUAGAGGCUGGUGGGGGUCUCCAAACUGCGGUCCCUGUAACUGUGACGUGGACAAGGGCUUUGAUCCAGACUGCAACAAGACCAGUGGGCAGUGUCAAUGCAAGGAGUUCCACUACCAUCCCCACAGCUCCGAGUCCUGCCUGCCCUGCGACUGUUAUCCAAUAGGCUCCUUCUCCAGAUCAUGUGACCCAGAAACCGGCCAAUGCCAGUGCAGACCUGGAGUUAUCGGCCGUCAGUGCAACAGCUGCGACAAUCCCUUCGCCGAAGUCACCAACUCCGGAUGUGAAGUGAUCUACGAUGGCUGUCCCAGGACCAUCACAGCGGGGAUCUGGUGGCCUCGAACAAAGUUUGACCUCCCGGCUGCAGUCCCAUGCCCCAAAGGAUCUGUUGGAGCUGCCAUCAGACACUGCGAUGUGGAAAGGGGCUGGCUGGAGCCCGACCUCUAUAACUGCACCUCUCCUCCGUUUGUGGAGCUCAACACUGCUUUGGAUUCUCUGGAGCGUAACGAGACCGAGCUGAACACCAUCGUGGAGAAGAAACUGGCCCAUCAGCUCCGAGAUGUGACCGAGUCCACGUCUCGUCUCUAUGGAAACGACUUGAUGAUCGCGGAACGCCUGUUGUCCCGCCUCCUGACCUUUGAGACGCAGCAGAGUGGCUUCGGUCUCACGGCAACGCAAGACGCACACUUCAGCGAGAACGUAGUGCGUGGGUGCAGUGUGCUCUUGGGGCCUUCGGCUGCAGGACUGUGGCGCUCGCUGUCCCAGAAUCAGGCUCAGGUGUCGGGUCCGGCUCAGCUGACGGACCUCAUGGGGCAGUACGCGCAGACACUGGCUCAGAACAUGAAGCUCACCUAUCUCAACCCUGUGGCCCUCAUCGCUCCAAAUAUUGUGAUGAACUUGGACCGUAUAGAGAACCUCACCCACGUGCGGCGCCGCUUCCCCCGUUACCACACCUCCCUAUUCCGGGGCCAGACGCUGUGGGACCCCUACACCCACGUGAUACUGCCCCCUGCUGCCCUGGUGCCACAACGCCAUCACACACACAGCUGGAGGGAGAGGGAGCGUGCAGACAAAGAAGUCUUACCCUUGACCCCUCCAAACCCUGGCCCCGCCCCUUCCAGUGCCUCCACCAAUCAGACACGAGAAUACAGCAGCUCGGCCCGUCGCUCCGCGUCUCUGUCCGAGCCUCCGUUCACCAUCGUCAUCCUGCUCAUAUACAAGAGUCUGGGAGCCGCUCUGCCUCCAAAGUACCACGCCGACAGGAGGGGCGUCAGGUUGCCGCGACACCCGGUCAUGAACUCCCCGGUGGUCACUGUGUCGGUCUUCAACAACCAGUCGUUUGUGAGCGGACACCUGGAGCAGCCGGUGGUGCUGGAGUUCAAGCUCCUGGAGACCGCCAACCGCAGCAAGCCCCUGUGUGUGCAGUGGAACCACAGCGAGUCGGACUCAGGGGGCUGCUGGACGGUGAGGGACUGUGUGGUGGUCUACAGGAACACGUCACAUGUCCGCUGCCAGUGCCAUCGACUCGGCACGUUUGGAGUUCUCAUGGACAGCUCCCAUCGAGAGCAGUUGGAGGGAGACCUGGAGAUCUUGGCUAUGGUCUCGUACUCGUCGCUCUGCCUGUCCAUGCUGUGUCUGCUGAUGACCGUUCUGGCGCUGUCCUGUCUGCGCCUCAAGUCCAACACCCGGAGCAUCCACUGCAACACCGCGGCCGCCAUGCUCCUCUCCGAGCUCGUCUUUCUGCUCGGGGUCAACCAGACCGAGCAGCAGUUCCUGUGCACAGUGGUGGCUAUCUUGCUGCAUUACUUCUUCAUGUCGAUGUUUGCCUGGAUGUUUGUGGAGGGCCUUCACAUUUACCGAAUGCAAACUGAGCAGCGAAACAUCAACUAUGGAGCCAUGAGGUUCUACUACGCCAUCGGCUGGGGAGUGCCCGCUAUAAUCACAGGUCUGUCUGUGGGGCUGGACCCUGAGGGCUAUGGAAACCCAGACUUCUGCUGGGUUUCCAUCGAUGACAAACUCAUCUGGAGCUUUGCUGGACCCAUCGCCAUUGUCAUCCUGAUGAAUGGAGCCAUCUUCAUGAUAGUAGCCAAGAUGUCCUGCAACUCCACUCAGAAAGAAACCAAGAAAUUACCAGUCAUAGCAACAAUUCGCAGUUCUUUCCUGCUGAUGCUCGUCGCCUCCUCUUCUUGGUUCUGUGGGCUGGUGGCUGUCAACAACAGUAUCUUGGCUUUCUACUACAUUUUCAACAUACUCUGCCUUUUACAGGGCGUCUGUGUCCUCCUUGUCUUCACGGUUUUUAACACAGAGGUGCAAGAGGCCUGGAGAGCCAUGUGUUUGGGGAAGAAGAGCCCAGGAGAGGAGCCACCCAGACCGACUCAAAAUGCUACCCAGAACCCGUAUCAAAACGCGUCUCUCCUGGAGCAGAGUGGACUUCACAGGAUUACCUUAGGAACCUCCACCGUCUCCUCUGUCAGCUCUGCCAGAGAAAACCUCCUGGCACGACAAACCAUGGACCAAACCAUUGGCCACACAGGAGCUACCGACCUAGACGUGGCCAUGUUUCACCGAGAUGGAGGUGAGGAUUCAGACUCGGACUCAGACCUCUCCAUGGAUGAAGACCACAGCCUGUCUAUUCCAUCCUCAGAGAGUGAUGACAAUGUCAGACUGAGGGGGCGAAUUCAAAGGAGAUUUAAAAGGACCAAUCAGGGAGAGCGACUUCUCACUGAGCCCACCCACAACGGCACCAAAGUCGUCAUCAUCAUCAUCAUCAUCAUGAAGUCCAGCCAAGUCCUAAGCCCUGGUUUUGUUAUAGACCUGGAUGGGAACGACCUGCUCUCCUAUUGGCCAGCGCUGGAGCAGACAGACUCCAUGCAGCGCCCUUUGGGAUCAGACGCAGCAAACAACAACAUGGAGGCUGCUUUAACCAGCGGAGACGAGAGCUCGACGCAAGGACACAGGCAUCGAAAAGGGAUCUUGAAGAACCGCUUGGGAUGUCCUCCCGCUCUUCAGGGUCUGUCGUCAAUGGGCCGCGUCCCGAGCGAGCUGAACUGGUACCGCACCUCCACUCUGGGGCACCGUGGCGUUCCGGCAGCCUCUUACGGCCGCAUGUACUCCGCAGCCACGGCAAACGCAGCCAAUGCCACCAACACCGGCUCCCUAUCCCAACCGGCCUCGCGCUACUCUUCUCGCGAGCACUUGGACUCCCUGGCUCGAAGACAGCUGUCCAGGGACCCUUUAGGACGCCAAACUGUUGGGGGAUCACGGGACAGACUGGACUCGCGAGGGUCCAGGGACAAUUUGGAUCUGCUUCCCCGAAGGCGUGAUCUCAACUUGGGCCACAACACUUUGGGAAGCCUGGGGUUGGAAAGAUCCUCACGGGAGAAUUUGUCUGCCUCCCGGGACAGAAUAGACAACCACCACGCAUCCAGAGAGGACUUGGGGGUGGACGGGUACCUGGGCGGGUUAAGUCGGAGGCACACUGCGUCCCGGGAGCAUCUAGGGGGCGCUGUGACGAGCAGCCGGUCCAGAGAGGGGCUGGACCAGAGUAGGGAGUGGCUUAGGACGCUACCCCCCAGACAGACAUCACACCCAGAGCCCCCGCUGUCCGCCUCACCCCCGCCACCUAUCACAGAAGAGCAGGACCAGCCACCACCACCAUGCCCCUCCCUGGAUAUCCUCUCCUCCAUCUUGGCCUCGUUUGGCUCCACUGUCCUCCCUUCUGACACCAACAGUGUGUCUGAGCUCUAUCCCCAUCCGGAAGCUCACCGAAGCGAUGGGCAGUCCUAG